AUGGCCGCCGGUACUCUGACCCCGAGCCGCUUCAGCGCAUCACACACUGGCAACUACACCGCAGUGGGACCCUCGAUGGCCGACACAUUACCCUCUAUCGACUUCAACUUUGGCGACUUGCGCGAGCGGAUGGCGCAAUUCACGGCGCGCUUUGACGACUUCAUCGAGCGCGGGCGCAAGAGAGUGCUCGAAGAGCGCAAUGCGUUUCGUAUGAACUUGGCAGAUGCGGAAGAUCAACAGCGCCAACGUAAACAAGCGAUCCACGAGCUUGAAUCGAAGACAUCGAGUCAUGCGCAUAUUCUUGCACGAGAAGCCCAAGAAGCGGAUGAGAUGCAUGAGGCCAUCCAAGGCCUGACUCUGCAGAAGGAGGAGCAUAACCGACAGCGCGAUCACAUCAAGUCAGAGAUUGAAUCGAUUCGGACAGCCAUACGCCAGAAGCGCGACGCGCAGGCCGCACAUCAGCGCUCGCUGGAUUCUCAAGCACGUCACAACCUACCGGAACUGCAAUUUUGGGAGAACUGCUUAGGCAUGCAUUUGGAAGGUACGGGCGUGGAGGAUCGUUUGAGAUUUGUGUUCGAUACGAGUGAAGAGAACACGGCUAUGCCAGAGUGCUGGUAUGAGUUGCAGAUUGGAAGGGAGCAAAAAGUGGUCAACACAAAGCCACGGCUCGAGCGAGAGGACAUCGAGGCCGCGCAAGAGUCGCUGCAAGAGACGAAGCAGCUGGGGCUCUUUAUCAAAACUAUGCGGACGCACUUACUGAAAGCGCUCAAGCAAUAA